CAAAUCAACAUCAAGGUUAGGUUUUGCUCCCCUACCUUGUGCAAGAGGCUUGAAUUACAGUUUGACAGGAGAGGAAGUAGCUACUGUACUCAAUUACAAGCCCCUGCUCUGUCCAGCUGACUUAGUGCUGUCUGUCUCUCCUCCCAAGCCCCUGCCCUGCUCUGACCAGCUGCACCAUGGGAAAGAAGAGUCGAGUGAAGACUCAGAAGUCGGGGACAGGCGCCACGGCCGUGGUCUCCCCCAAAGAGAUGAUGAACCUAAUCUCAGACCUCCUACAGAAAUGCAGCAGUGCUGCGCCUUCUCCAGGGAAAGAGUGGGAGGAGUAUGUCCAGAUACGAGGACUGGUGGAGAAGAUCAGGAAGAAACAGAAAGGUAUCUCCGUGAUAUUUGAGGGCAGCAGAGAGGAGUUCUUCCCAGAGCUGAUGGCAUGGGCUCAGGAGAGUGGAGCAUCCUGCGAGGGGUUUGAGAUCGCGGACUUCGCUGGCGAGGGCUUCGGCCUCAGGGCCACCAAGGACAUCAAGGCAGAGGAGCUGUUUCUGUGGAUCCCCAGGACGAUGCUGAUGACUGUGGAAUCAGCCAAGAACUCUGUCCUGGGUCCCCUGUACAGCCAGGACCGUAUUCUCCAGGCCAUGGGUAACGUCACCCUGGCCCUCCACCUGCUGUGUGAGCGGGCUGACCCCUCCUCCCCCUGGCUGCCCUACAUCAAGACCCUCCCCGGGGACUACGACACCCCCCUAUACUACGAGGAGGAAGAGGUACGCUACCUGCUGUCCACUCAGGCCAUCCAGGAUGUCCUCAGCCAAUACAAGAACACUGCACGGCAGUACGCAUACUUCUACAAGGUCAUCCAGGCUCAUCCGACCACCAGUAAACUGCCCUUGAAGGACGCCUUUACGUUCGACGACUACAGAUGGGCGGUUUCCUCAGUGAUGACCCGUCAGAACCAAAUCCCUACGGAAGACGGUAGCCGUGUCACCCUCGCCCUCAUCCCUCUCUGGGACAUGUGUAACCAUACCAACGGCCUGAUCACCACUGGUUACAACCUGGAGGAUGACAGGUGUGAGUGUGUGGCUCUGCAGGACUACAAAGAGAAUGAACAGAUCUACAUCUUCUACGGGACGCGAUCCAACGCUGAGUUUGUGAUCCACAACGGCUUCUUCUUCCAGGAGAAUGCCCAUGACAGAGUCAAGAUCAAACUGGGUGUGUCCAAGAGUGAACGUCUGUACGCCAUGAAGGCAGAGGUGCUGGCCCGCGCUGGCAUCCCCUCGUCCAGUAUCUUUGCCCUGCAUUGCAGCGAUCCUCCAAUCUCUGCCCAGCUACUGGCCUUCCUCAGAGUCUUCUGUAUGACUGAGGAGGAGCUGAAGGACUACUUGGUAGGAGAACAUGCCAUCAAUAAGAUUUUCACCCUGGGUAACACUGAGUUCCCUGUGAGCUGGGACAAUGAGAUCAAACUGUGGACUUUCCUGGAGACCAGGGCUGCCCUGCUUCUCCAGACCUACAAGACCAGCUCCCAGGAUGACCAGUGUGCGUUGGAGAAGCCCGACCUCUCCUUCCACUCCCGCGUGGCCAUCCAGCUGCGCCUGGCCGAGAAGCAGAUCCUGGAGAGGGUGGUGGCCAGUGGCAAGGCCAGGCGCCUGCACUUCCAGCAGCAGCAGGAGGAAGGCGCUCCGCUACCCCGCUAUGAGGAGAGCGACAUCUCCCUUCUGGAGAACGCCGACACCAAGCUGCCCCUCAUUCUGAGGAAACUACAGGAGGAGGACGAGGAGGGAGAUGACCAGGCAGCGGUGGAGCAGGUGUUAGCCCAGGUACAGCAGCUGGGACAGGGGGACGCAGCCAGGGAACAAGCCCCCCUCAUAGUCAAUGGGGAUGGUGGGAAGGUGGUGGUCAACGGGAAUGGUACGGACGCUAGCCCAGUCCUGGAGGUUGGUGUGGAUGCUAGCCUGAUUCAAGAGGCUAGCAAAGAAGUUAUCUCAACCUCCUUGGACUCAGGCCAAAGUGCUAGCCCUGCCCAGGAGGAGGAUGGUAUGGAUGCUAACGCCUCCACGCCAGAUGCUGCUGUCCAAGCUAACACCCAGGAACAGGAAGGCCAAACAGAGAACUGAGGAGACAAGGCUACUGCUUCUCUCUUACAGGAAGUGGACGUGGACCUGAGUGCAGAACGAACUGGAGACGAGCCCAAGUGAACAGUGAAUAGGUGAAAUCAUCAUCUAGCUAGGCCUUAUUGCAGCAGUCAGCCAGCCAGCCACGGCAGCCCUUUGCUAUUUAUUUAUUUUUGUCUCUCUUAAGUGACUCACAGAAAUAAAGAAGGAGCUAAGAAUAAAAUAAUAUAAAAACUAAACAGAAUUAGAAUUUUAAAAAAUUGCAAAACUUUUCACUGUCUGUUGGUUGGUUUGUCCCUCCUUCCAUGGCUGUUAGUUUUACCUCCCUACUGCUGCAGACUGCAGACUGCCAGUCAAUGUCACUCCCCUCUGCCUUCUAUCUGAGCAGUAAAAGUUUGUAAUUUUUAUGAAAUACUUUUUUUUCUUUAACAGUGCUUCACUGGUUUACAUUGAGUUUAUUGACAUACGAGCUGUGAGAGAAUGGUAGUUAGUAACAGCAGCAGCACUGGUUUCAGUUCCGCUACUGUAGGAUGGACAGAAAGAAAGAACAGAGAUUGAAUUUAGUUUAAUGUUAUCUCCAGCAAACCAAAAUCUAAUCCGAACACUUUUACCCUAAUACUGUUGUUUUUGUCUAUAUACGCCUGCUAUAAUUUCACUCGACAAUCUUUUUCUGUGGCGUAUUCGGCUCUUUGUUGCUCAUUGUUUGAGACCAUCACUGCCUCUCUCUUUCUCGCGCUGCACUUCCUGGUUUCACUCAAUAGCAUUUCAAAUACAACUGAAGGAAACUUUUGACACAAAAUGGCGGAUAUGUCCUAUGCUCUUGUUCUGGGAACAAUCAGUAUUUUAAUUUCUCUACUCUGAGUAUAAUGUACCAUUAGAAAUGUGAUGGAAAAUGUAUGGGUAAUAUGUGCGUUUAUUGAGCAAAAUUAGAUGACUAAAAGCAGGUGAUUUGGGUCGUUUUUGAAAACUUUAAAUAAUUACUAAGUUUAAAAUGUUAAACAUUAUUAUGAAUGUACCUCAGCUCUCCAAGUUGCAGUUGAAUCACCCGAGGACGAGUUGCUGUUGUGAUGAAGAAUAUGACUAAUGCUAGUCUAUAUUAUGAACAAGCCAUAACAGUCAGAAUGGAGACUAAUUCAAACCUCUUCAUCAGCAAGACAUGACAAGAGACGUCAUGUGAUCUCCUAGACGUGUUUCACACAAAGGACUUCAACUAAUUUCUGUUAGAUUAUUGUUUUGUUGUUGGACAGCCUUAAAGUGUUGUUUUCCUUUUCUGUUACUCCUCCUUCCUCCACCCCAGGAACAAGACAAACAGGACAUUGGUAAUGUGGUCUCUCUUCCAGUCGCUAAAUUCUCAACAUAUGUUUUUAUUUGUCUUUAGGAUGUCUGCUCUGUAUUUCAAAGCCUACGUUGGUUUUAUAUUAACACUGAAUGGCAGUGAAACAUGAUGAGGAUGUGUUGCUUGCUCUCUCUAUUAGAUACUGAAGUAAGCUCUUAAAUAACCCUUAGCUCCAGCACAGUAGCUGUUAUUAUUAUCAUGUGAUCUGUUAUCUAUUAUCGUGUCUGGACAGCCGAGGGAGGGAGCUAAUUCAGAAUAUUGGUGUCUGCGUUCUCCCCCUAUGAAUAAGCCAUGUGAUGGAUGGUGGAUAUGAGGGGCCAUUUUAAGAAACCAUGUACCACCACACUUAGUUAGCCUUACUCCAAAGUUUUAGCUAGCGCUGCUUAUUAUAAUUUGUCUAUCUAUACGUUGAUGCUGUUACCAACCUCCAAAAUGAAAGAGUUGAUCUGAGUCUAUUCUACUGUAUAAUAUAACUAGAAGGGGUUUGUUUUGUAACUUUUAAUUUGUUGAAGUAUCACCAUGUUGUUUUCUGCUGUAUUUUGCUUUGUCACUGCAUCAUGGACUGGUUUGUUUCUGUAUUUUGAUUCAUUCAUCAUUUGUAACAUUCUCUACCGGUCUGUACCUGCUGCUUUUCUAAAGACUUUGUUUCUAGUUACUGUACAGUUACUGAGAAUCUACCUACUGCUUUAACCAAUCACACUCUCCAAGCAAUUCACAGCACCUUGGUAUAUCCAGUGCUGUCCUUGUCAAACUCCAUCGCUGUCCUUGUCAAACCAAUGAGUGACAAGGAGUUGGCAUGGUGGCACAAACAGACUGGCACUCAGGCUACCUUGUAGCCUGGUCCCACAUCUGUACUAUACGCGCAUCCUCUGACAUUGAUAGUUGGUGGUAACAAUGGACUUUAGUGUCCUCAUUACUGUUUGAUUAAUAUUGUAACUACAGUGUAUGAACUGUUCAAAUGAUUCAUUGUUAAUGUACGUACAGCAGUAUCCCCAACCCUGCCCCAGUAUCUGUGUGUUAGAGAUGUCGACGAUGAGUAUGACGUGCCUCUUCUCUAACACCCAGGAAGUUCCAAUUCAAACUCCCAUUAGGCAGUUCUCCAUUUACUCCAGUUACGACCGGUAUGUACUUCCAAAAAAGGUCUAAAUAAAAAUUUACAAGCAACUGAAAAAAUGCCUCAUCGGCGCCUCCAAUAUAUUGAGCUGUUGUAGACUCUUAACCUGUGCGUGGCAGUAAUGAGUGAUUGGAGGUGCCACAUUUCUUUAUUUAGACCUUUUUUGGAAGUAUAUACCGGCCGUAACGGGAGUAAGUGAUGAUGAUUGCUCAGCGAAACUCCAUAUUUGGUGAGUAACAAACAUAUUUUGAACGUAAAUCUUGCAGAGCUGUCUAAUGGGAGUUUGAAUCGGAGGUCCCUGGGUGUUAGAGAGGAGACAUCUCUAACGCACAGAUACUGGGGCACCCCAACCCUCGGAAGCAAAGGCUUCUCACAUUCUGUCAACAACACCAGAUUUGCGCGAGACUACCCUAACCCUUACCCUAAAUACAGUGUAAGUACAGUAAAAAAUGGAGUAAGUACAAUAGUUGUUACACUGUACUGCAGCACAUCCAGAUAUGCAGUAGUUUUGGGCUUGUUUCUCUGCCUGUGUGAGAGAGACCGGAGGUUGUGAUGUAAACUAACUAUGGAGGACAGAAUACAGUCAUGAAACUGUCCACAUGGAAACAGAUUAAAGGUGUAGUUUCUCACCACCUGA